GGUGUCAUCAAUGGGUUCGGCGGCAUCAAUGGGACCGGCGUCAUCAAUGGGACCGGUGUCAUCAAUGGGGUCGGCGGCAUCAAUGGGACCGGCGUCAUCAAUGGGUUCGGCGGCAUCAUCAAUGGGGCCGGCGGCAUCAAUGGGGCCGGCGUCGUCCUCCGUGGGCCCGACGUCGUCGUCUCUGCGCUCCCACUCCAGCCGCACCAGCGACAACCAAUCCCCCAGCAGCUCCAAUUAUUUCAGCCCCCGCCAGACCCCCGACGAGCCCCCCAGGGUCGCCGCCCCCCGACCCCGCGACGCCCCGACCUCCAAGAGCUCAGCGGAGGAGGAGGAGGACGAAGAGGAAGAGGAGGACGAAGAAGCGGCCGUGAACCGCCGCCCGCUCUACGUCCGGCCCAGCAUCGUGCCCCACAAGCAGUGGGUUUACGUCAAACAGGAAUGGCUGCAGGAAGACCUGGUCCUCACCUGCGAGGAGGACGAAGACCCCCUUCCCCCCCGGCCCCCGAAAACGGAGGAGGAAGAAGACGAGCAGGUCGACUUCUGCGAAUCCUCCGAGGAUUUUCCAUCUCCUUACGGUGGUUUGGAGGAACCCCCCGACCCCCCC